GUCAAUGUCAACUCGUCUUGCGUCAACCUGUCAUGGCGAAGAAAAAUAAAUAAACAUUUUACGGAUGUUUAUCAAAAAUAACUCAAUGAUUUGCUGUUAAUAUGUGAAAUAACUAUACUGCACUGCAAAGUGAGUUCACAUAUUUAAAAUUUCUUAGAAACCGGCAUAUAGAGGUUAGUAUUCACAUUGAAGAGUGUCUGAAAGGUCUAUCGUCAUGUUGUCCACGCUGCAACACCGAUGGACCGGCUUCUACUUGCUGCUGAUGGCUUUGGCAGCCCUGUCUCUCUUCCUCUAUGGAUAUUUCCCCAUAAAAUACCACACAGGGCAAAUAUCCCGUCGCAACCAUCUACCUACCAGUAUUAAUGGAGUGCCCAUUGAUGGGCAACAAGUUUACAACCCCGGGGAGACCAGUGUGAUACUGAUGGUGAUUGACGGGCUAAGAUACGACUUUGUCACUGAAGAGUACAUGCCAUUUACUGGCCAGCUGCUGAAGAACAAGUCAGCCUGCGUGUACGUGUCUGUGGCGGAACCACCAACCGUCACUAUGCCCCGGAUCAAGUCCCCAGAGCGGAAGGUUGAGAAGGCACAAUGGAGGAGGACUAUAAACUUCUGGCGGGAUAUAUUUGCUAUGAUGACGGGCAGCAUAUCCACAUUCGCCGACGUGGCGUUAAACUUCGGCGCUCCGGCCGUGACUGGCGACAGCGUGCUGAGAGUGGCUCAAUCCCGGAAGAAGAGAUCUGUCAUGUAUGGGGAUGACACGUGGCUUCGGCUGUUCCCGGGAAUGUGGGCCGAGAGUGAUGGAACGACGAGCUUCUAUGUGACGGAUUAUACUGAGGUGGAUAACAAUGUGACAAGGCAUCUGGAUAAAGUGCUUACGCCAGAUGAGAAGAACAAACCUACUUUCGACUUUCUAGUCUUACACUACCUCGGUCUAGACCACAUAGGGCAUCUAGAAGGCGCUAGAAGUCCUAAAAUCAAACCUAAACUCAUUGAGAUGGACGAAGUCGUCAAGAAAAUUUACAAGGAAAUGUCUAAAUGGGACAGAACAGGGGUGCUAUUCGUGUGCGGCGACCACGGCAUGCGAGACGCCGGCGGCCACGGGGGCGCGUCGUCGUCCGAAGUGUUGGUGCCGUUGGUUGUGGCCAAGACUAAUGAUUACCUGUGUCCUUAUGACAACGGCCGCGGCCCUUACGUGGCCCAAGUGGACCUAGCGCCAUCUAUCGCGUGGCUGCUGGACUCGCCGGUUCCGGGCGACAGCACCGGCCGCGUGCUGCCGUCGCUGCUGCCGCGCGACACGUUGCAGCAGCUGUAUCUGCUGCACUAUGUUGCCGCGCACAACGCCCGGGCUGUUGCGUUGCAGCUGGGGCAGACGCCCAAGGAGAAAGAGUUCUACAAACAGUACGAGCGUGCGCAAGCGCAGUUCGCUCACUACCUUACGACCAAACAGGAGAGCGCGGCGAAGAUAGCCAAAGAGUUCUACGAACAGGCGCUCACCGAGAUGUCCAAGUAUUUGACCGAAUCGACGGUCGAGUUCGAUAUGUUCGCUAUCGUGUCGGCGCUUGUCGUUCUUUAUGCGGUAACAGUAGCUCUCGUCUGCGUGACUCUCUACUCUUUACAAACCGAGGAAAGGCGUCGCCACAGCGUGACCCGCCACCUCCACAGAAGAACCCAGGCCGGGGCUUUAGUAGCCUUCGUAAUCGUACUCUGUGUAGCCCUCUUCACCCUAACUGUGGCAUGCGCCAUCAGCGAAUCCAAAAGCAAUCUGUGCUCAUAUGACCCUAAUUGGAUACCAGUGUUCAUUGCCAUAGCAGGAGGGUUAACUUUUACGUUCUUCCUUAUUAAAACAGCCAUAGAAAAUUACUUUGAUUUAAAUAUACUAAAAGAUCUGAAUGCGAUUGACUAUUUGUUGAUUGGCGGGACAGUGUUCCACGCUUGGUCGUUUCUUGGGACCAGUUUCAUAGAAGAGGAACACAUGACGUGGUAUUUCUUCUGGAAUACGCUGAUGUUUUUCGUGUUGAUACGCACAGUUGUCGUGGUGGUGAUGUAUUUGAGUAAGAAACUGCUUGGUGCGACUGAAGUGCAGGAAAAGCCGCAUUUGGAAGAGAGAAUGAGCGCUGGGAUCAGUAUUAUGCCGAAGUGGGUGGCGUUGAUCGCUUUGCACCGAUAUUUAAGAACGAUGAACCAGACGGGUGAUCGGUGGCUGUUUCUGCCCGACACUGCUGAUUGGCUGAAUGCACCGGAGAAUUCUGAUUAUUUGCAAGCACAUGUUAUAGUCGGUACUAUACUUACGGCAGCGAUUUGCCUACGAAACGUGAAGUUCACCAACAACUCAAUGUACCUACAGUCCUUACUAACUAUCCUCUCAACAAUAUGCAUAUUCUGCUACCGACUGGCCAGCAAAUCCAUAGACCCGACAGCGACACUCAUAGACAUUCAGUCAUGGGACACGGUUGAUAUCGUCAACGUAUUCUGGGCUCUUCUCAUCAUACAAACGAUGCUCGAAAUAAGCUCCUUUAUAGGGCUUCUAAAACCUUUCACAGGAAAAGCCGGCCAUCCAAACUUUGAGCCUGUAAAUAACAAACAAUUUGUGUACACUAAGCCAAAGGCGAAAACUGAAGAUUAUGUUUACGGCACAGAUGAUGAUGAACCCUUUAACUGCAGCGAAGUAAAGAUGAAUUUGGCGUGUUCGUUAACACAUUUGAUGUACAAUCACAUGAUGCUGAUAAUCAUUUUGCUGAUGAGGCCACACAAUGUGAUAAUGGUGCCGAGUAUUUACGUCACUUGCCAGCUGACGUCUGAGUGCUUGGACCACAAGUUGUUAGACUCGAGGCCGGGGAGGAAAACUGAGGCGUUGGAUGUUUUGAGUCGGACGCUGGCGCAUAUAUGGAUUGGAUACGUAUUCUUCUUUUAUCAGGGCAACAGCAACAGCCUAGCCUCGGUGGACCUGAGCGCGGGCUACGUGGGGCUGCGCGACUACUGCGCGGCGCGCGUGGCGCUGCGCAUGGGGCUGCACGCGCACGCCGCGCCCGCGCUCGCCGGCGCCGCGCUGCUGGCCGCCGCCGCCAGGGGGCGACACUAUCAGAGGUAUCUGAAGUCCUUGUGGCAGAUAUCCAACAUCCUCGCCUUACAACGAGUCUACCAAGUGUGCGUAUAUGCAGCUAUUGCAACAGCCUUCAGACAUCACCUGUUCGUAUGGACCGUAUUCUCGCCAAAACUGCUAUACGACUUCGUAGCAACCGUCUUUACAGCGCAAGCCUUGUUCACGAUAGUCAACAUUAUACUUGUGACUAAUUGGACGAAUGUGGUGGCUAAAGCGGUCGCAACUAAGUCUAGACUGUGAUGGGACAUCUUAUAACUUACUUUUAAAUAGAACGAAACAGUUAGAUCAACUAAUCCAGGCGUGUGAUUGGUGUAAGGUUUUAUAGGUUCUUAUAAGGAGCAAGGAUCUACUGUUCCACUGUUUCGUUACAAUAGAUAGGGUAUAGUUAUGUAUUGUGGUUCAAAGAACUAAAGGGUUGAUAGUGAAAGCCCUACAGACUGUCUUGGAAGUAGCCAUAUCUUGUAAGGUGUAGUCAGAUUUCAUUUGGAAUAGUCAUAAGUUUUUGUUGUGUAUGAGUGAUGGGUUACGAACCGUAUCGCCAUUGAUGAUCUUUGUGUGAGUUAUCUUACGAAUGGUUCCUAGGCUGUUUUAUUAACAUGUAUUAUUUUUUUCGUAUACUAUAGUUUAUUGUAUAUUUGUGUGUGUAAGGACUUGACUGAAGCGGAGCCAAAAUGAGGAAUGCUGUAAAUUUUAUUAUGUUUUAAAAACGUUAUUUUCCAAAUAUAUUACAUUCCAAUACGGUUAUUGAUUUUGUUUACUUAAAGCCUAAUGUAUCAAAUUACAUGUUACCAAAGUACAUUAGUAUGUAAGCACUUAUCGUAUCGCCCAAAUUAGCAUAUGGAAUCUAAUACUAUGUAUGUACUGUAAUAACUUUGUAAAAUAAGACACUGCAGAGCAGGUAAUUAAAUAAAUAUUUUUUAAACGUCGAUAUUUUAUUGAUUGAGCCCAAAUUCAUGUAUGAAUAUACUGUGAGGUGUUGCUUUAAUAUUUUUCCUCAAUAAGUAACUCUAAGUUUCGCUCAUUGCAAAAUACAAUAUCCUAUAGACUAGACCGUUUCACCGAAUAAGACAUCUGUCAAAACCCUUAUUACAUAGGGUAGGUAGUUUUUGUGUCAGAUGCCUUAUUUGAUGAGGGUAGUUUUAGGGUAGUUUUUGUUUGUGUCAAUAUGUCUGAUUUGAUGAAACGAUAUCGUCACUCGAACUCUAAGUCACUCGAUGAUCACAUUAAUUUAACUCGAUCUCCUGUUUAUUCUAUGCAGUUGUAAUGUUUGAAAUAUUCUGUUAUUUCAAUAAAUGUAUAUUUUCAAUAAAACGAAAACAUUCAUCAUUAAUUUGUUUAUUAUGGUUAAAUUAUCUGUAAACCAUUUUUUUUACAUUUUCUUUUUACUUCACAGGGAUAUUUAUUACACCCUAUACCAAACCAAUGACUAUGACCUAAUUUUAAGCUUUAUAGUCAAAGUAAAAUAACAUACUUUUACAUAUUUAUUUAUAUAAUCUGAAAUAUGAAAAAUAAAAGCACCGAAUGCAACGAUUAGAUACAGGAAUAACUUUUCAGGACAUAUUCCCCUAAAAGCCGCUCUGUAGUUAUUUAACUGCACAAUUUUCAAAACGAAACAUUUCACCAUUUGUUACAUACAUGGAAUGAUUAUAAAAAUAUUUACUAUUCUGCCCUUAAUCUAAUAAAACGUCGAAAAAUAUAUAAUUUCCAUAGUUAUUUUAAAUACAACAUGAUGUGUUUCUCGUCAUCCAUUGAUAAAUUUAUGCUUUAUUUGGCACUCCACAAAAGAAAAAACAAUUUGGGGAAAACUUGGUUUGCCAAAUGUCUUAAAUACAUACAUAAAUAACUAAAUGCAAAACAUAUAAAAGUAUAAUAAAAUGCGCCAGCCGGCAGCACAGCUUUUGAAACUAUACAUUGAAAUUAUUAAUAUUAUAAACUAUCUAAGCUAACCUACCCCCUUUACAUAAUUAAAAUUCUCUACAUAAAAUACAAGGAAUUAAGUUACGAUUACCCUCACAUUCCGAAAAUCUAUUCAAAGUUAACGUUUAUAAAAACUUUGAUAAAUAGUAUUUGUGUAAAAUUCUUCAGAUUCACACUGA